UUCCUCGCGGGCGCAGCGGGCGCCGAGCGCCGCCGCCCCGGCCUCUCUCGCCCCGCCUCGCCGCUCACGGAAUUUAAAGGUGCAGCAUCAUGGUUAUGAAAGCUACACUAGAAGAUGAUGAUUCCGGAUGGGAACUCGGUAUGCCUGACAAGAUGGAAAAGAGUAAUACCAGCUGGAUAGAUAUAACCCAGGAUUUUGAAGAAGCUUGUAGAGAACUGAAGUUAGGAGAACUGCUUCAUGACAAGCUUUUUGGUCUUUUUGAAGCCAUGUCUGCCAUUGAAAUGAUGGAUCCCAAGAUGGAUGCUGGUAUGAUUGGAAACCAAGUUAACAGAAAGGUUCUUAACUUUGAGCAAGCUAUUAAGGAUGGCACCAUUAAAAUAAAGGAUCUCACUUCACCUGAGCUGGUAGGAAUAAUGGACACGUGUUUUUGUUGUUUGAUAACAUGGUUAGAAGGACAUUCCUUGGCACAGACAGUAUUCACUUGCCUUUAUAUUCAUAAUCCAGACUUCAUAGAAGAUCCUGCUAUGAAGGCUUUUGCUCUUGGAAUCCUAAAAAUCUGUGAUAUUGCCAGAGAAAAGGUUAACAAAGCAGCUGUUUUUGAGGAGGAAGAUUUUCAGUCAAUGACUUACGGAUUUAAAAUGGCCAAUAGUGUGACAGAUCUUAGAGUUACAGGUAUGCUGAAAGAUGUAGAAGAUGACUUGCAAAGACGAGUGAAGAGCACCCGAAGUCGACAAGGAGAAGAGAGAGAUCCAGAAGUUGAACUUGAACAUCAACAGUGUUUAGCUGUCUUCAGCAGAGUCAAGUUUACCCGCGUCUUACUCACCGUCCUGAUAGCUUUUACGAAAAAAGAGACGAGUGCAGUUGCAGAAGCUCAGAAGCUAAUGACUCAGGCAGCUGACUUGCUCUCUGCCAUACACAAUUCACUGCAUCAUGGUAUGCAGGCACAGAAUGAUACCACUAAAGGAGAUCAUCCUAUUAUGAUGGGGUUUGAGCCACUUGUUAAUCAGAGAUUGCUGCCACCAACUUUCCCUCGAUACGCAAAAAUUAUUAAAAGGGAAGAAAUGGUCAACUAUUUUUCCAAACUAAUAGACCGAAUAAAAACUGUAUGUGAAGUAGUCAACUUAAGUAACUUGCACUGUAUACUGGACUUUUUCUGUGAGUUUAGUGAGCAAUCACCGUGUGUUCUUUCAAGAUCCCUGUUACAGACAACUUUCCUAGUAGAUAACAAGAAGGUGUUUGGCACUCAUCUCAUGCAAGACAUGGUAAAGGAUGCCUUAAGAUCUUUCGUCAGUCCUCCAGUACUUUCUCCAAAGUGUUGUCUUUAUAAUAACCACCAGGCAAAAGACUACAUUGAUUCCUUUGUCACACAUUGUGUUCGGCCAUUCUGUAGUCUGAUUCAAAUCCAUGGACACAACAGAGCUCGUCAGAGAGAUAAACUAGGUCACAUCCUUGAGGAAUUUGCCACACUACAAGAUGAGGCCGAGAAAGUAGAUGCAGCGCUUCAUAGCAUGUUACUGAAACAGGAACCACAAAGGCAACAUCUGGCUUGCUUGGGCACCUGGGUCCUAUACCACAACCUUCGUAUUAUGAUACAGUAUCUUCUCAGUGGCUUUGAGUUAGAACUUUACAGUAUGCAUGAAUAUUACUACAUCUAUUGGUACCUCUCCGAGUUCCUCUAUGCCUGGCUGAUGUCAACGCUGAGCCGCGCCGACAGCUCUCAGAUGGCAGAGGAGAGGAUAAUGGAGGAACAACAGAAAGGCCGCAGUAGUAAGAAAACAAAGAAAAAGAAGAAAGUUCGCCCUCUCAGCAGAGAGAUCACCAUGAGUCAAGCAUACCAAAAUAUGUGCGCUGGGAUGUACAAGACAAUGAUUGCCUUUGACAUGGAUGGCAAAGUAAGAAAACCUAAGUUUGAACUGGAUAGUGAGCAAGUUCGAUAUGAGCACAGAUUUGCUCCAUUCAACAGUGUUAUAACACCACCUCCAGUGCACUACUUGCAAUUUAAAGAAAUGUCUGAUUUAAAUAAGUAUAGCCCACCUCCUCAGUCAUCAGAUCUCUACAUGGCAGCUAGCAAGCACUACCAGCAAGCUAAAAUGAUUCUUGAGAAUAUUCCGAAUCCAGACAAUGAGGUCAAUCGAAUUCUAAAAGUUGCAAAACCAAAUAUUGUGGUCAUGAAGCUGCUGGCAGGAGGCCACAAGAAAGACUCUAAGGUUCCUCCAGAAUUCGACUUCUCUCCUCACAAAUACUUUCCAGUUGUGAAGCUUGUUUGAAGUAAAAGACAUUUUUUUAGAAUACCUGAAGAAUACCUGCGUAGCAGAUACCAGCUCUAGGAGGGGGGAUAACUAGUGCUGCACUCGGACUACGAGGGACGUCCAGGAUAAAAAUAUGUCAUGUGGAAUAUCUGUACCGCUGCCUUUUUGUGAUUUGAAUGACAACUGCUGUUUUAAAGUGGUUUGUAUAAAGUUUAUUGGAUUGUAUGCGUGAAGCUGACUUUAAUCAAGUGUAGUAUUAAAGAACAUUGUAUCUUAGUUGAUAUUAUUACAGAUUUUGAUCAUAAAUAUUUUUGAUUACUGAGUUCUGACAAAGUGGUGCAUUAGGAACUGAAUAAAAAUCAUGCAAUAGAGCCUCUUGUCUGGUGCGCACAGCUAAGCUACUGCAAUUCUGCAUUUGCAGUCACUUGGAGAAAUUUUGAGUUCCUGUAUUUUUGUGUAAUUGUAUCAGAAUUGCUCACUUUGAAAGUAGAGAAAUGUUGGAGUUUUUUUUUCACCAUGUUCUCCAAGCUAAAAUGAUCUUUAUAGAGAACAAGAGCAGAGGAAAAUUAGUCAUUGAGUAAUUGAGUGAGUGAUUCCCAGCUGGAAUUUUUCGUCUUUGUUCUCCAAGUGCUGAAGAAUCUGCACAGCAGAUACUCCAGUAGUCACUAGCAAUAGCACCAGACACUGAAGACUCUAUUUUACCAACUCUGCAACUUUGUUACAAUCCUAGUAUUUGCUGGUGCAAACAAGGGAUUGCUACAUUUGCAUGAUCUUUAUUCGCCAUUUUGACUGCAAUGGGGCUGCUCCAUCCUAUUGUCUUCUGUAGUAAUUUUCAGGUAGAUUUCCAAAACAGGAGAAGCCCCAAACCUAUCCCUGCCUUCCUGGAAUAGUUAUGCCUUCCAAGCUUUCAGAUGUGAAAUAACAGAGGUAAGCUGUAAAAAUGCAACCAAGGAAAAUAUGUUUUUCCUUUGCUACAAGCAAGGAAAAAAUGUUCAAAAAGCGGACCAGGCCCUGGCCAAGUCAUACUUAGGCCAUACAAGCAAAUCCUCUGUUGGACACGACAUAUUUUCAUUUUGGUGUACAGUGACGUCCACUGUAGGGAUGAGCUCGUAACUCCACAUUGGCCAUACAAAACAUUUUUUGGUGUUAAUCCUAUAACCUGAUUUUACUGUGGGUUAAUAUCACUUCAGCUUCAUCCCCUGAGCAGCAGCACUGCAGAACUAGAGCUUGAAAACAGUGAGUAACCUCUGAAGUGGAACAUCCACUUGUCUUCCAGCAAUUUGCAGCUUCCUGAAAUAAGCAGAAGUACUGUCCUGAAGACAUGUUUUUUUCCAAAUUCUCUGCUAAAGAGAUGGCAUAUCACAUUACAUGUUUACUUAUCGUCAUGAUUAAUACACUUGAAUGUUUCCAUAUAGCUGCCAAAGGAAUAAAAAACCUGGAAUAUGCAGAGGUAAAAUGGCACAGAACAUUCAUCUGGCUUCUUGUAAACAGUCACAAAAUCUUCCCCAUCUUAAAGAUUCUGAACUACAUGACAGUAGCUCAAGGACAGCCUUUGUUAUUUCUCCAGAGUAAAAGAGAAAGCAAAUUACAUGUGAUUUGUGGAACCAAGAAAAUAGCAAUAAUAAUAUUUCCCCUUCUAAUUACAAUUAGAACUAGAUGAAUUGUACAAAAUAACACCAGUACACCAGAAAAGAUUACUUUUAAAUGCUUACCUAAAUGGAUCAAGUGUAAUUGUAAA